CCGCUUCGCGCCCGAGCCGAGCUCUCUAGCCGCUCCCCGCUGUCCUCUGCGUUCCUCCAUCUGUGCGCCCGCGCCCCCCCAGCCCUCUCCAUGAAGCUGGCCGCGAUGAUCAACAAGAUGUGCCCGAGCGACACGGAACUGGGCAUCCCAGCCAAGAACUGCUACCGCAUGGUCAUCCUGGGUUCGUCCAAGGUGGGCAAGACGGCCAUCGUGUCGCGCUUCCUCACUGGGCGCUUCGAGGACACCUACACGCCCACCAUCGAGGACUUCCACCGCAAGUUCUACUCCAUCCGCGGCGAGCUUUACCAGCUGGACAUCCUGGACACCUCGGGGAACCACCCGUUCCCCGCCAUGCGGCGCCUCUCCAUCCUCACAGGAGACGUGUUCAUCUUGGUAUUCAGCCUGGACAGCCGCGACUCCUUCCAGGAGGUGCAGAGGCUCAAGCAGCAGAUUCUGGACACCAAGUCCCGUCUCAAGAACAAGACCAAAGAGAACGUGGAGGUGCCGCUGGUCAUCUGCGGCAACAAGGGCGACCGCGACUCGGAUCGCGAGGUGGAGCCGCGCGAGAUCCAGCAGCUGGUGGGCGACGACCCCCGGCGCUGCGCCUACUUCGAGAUCUCGGCCAAGAAAAACAGCAGCCUGGACCAGAUGUUCCGCGCGCUCUUCGCCAUGGCCAAGCUGCCGAGCGAGAUGAGCCCGGACCUGCACCGCAAGGUGACCAUGCCUUACUGCGAGGCGCUGCACAAGAAGGCGCUGCGCAGCAGGAAGCUCCUGCGCGCGGGCAGCAGCGGCGGCGGCGGCGACGCGGGCGACGCCUUUGGCAUCGUGGCGCCCUUCGCGCGCAGGCCGAGCGUGCACAGCGACCUCAUGUACAUCCGCGAGAAGGCCGGCGGCCAGGCCAAGGACAAGGAGCGCUGCGUCAUCAGCUAGGA